AUGGACUCCCAGCCUGGCAUCUUGAGCAGCGGCGCCCUAAAAGAUAUUGUUAAAGUCGAAAAUAAGAAGUUCACACUCAAGAUCAAGAAGACUGCGCCCAAACCAACAGAAGCUGGCAACUGGAAGGAGAGCGAUGCAAAGACAGCAGAUGCCGACGGCAAGCCCUCCGCAGCUGGCUCGCCAGUCGUAAACCCCCUCGACGAGAAGACACUCGCUGGAUUUCAGACCGGCCGCCCACUUGACGACAAGGUGGAUACGAUACAGUGUAAGCACUGCCGGCGACCUAUACUUCGAGCCGCGUCCGCGACACACAUUCGCGACUGCCUGAACAAGAAAGCAGACAAGCAGCGGAAAAAGAAAGAGGCCAAGGAAGCGAAGGACGCUGCGCUGCGGAAAGAGAAGGGCGAAGAUGACGACGAUAUUCGGGCCAGGAAGUCUGCUAUCAAAGGGCUGGAGCCUGGAGCGAAGAAGGGCAAGAAGCGCAAGAUCGACGGCGACUCUGAGAAGCCCGGCGCGAAGAAGAAGAAGAAAGAGGAGCCCAAAGCAAAGGGUGCAAAACCCAAGGGUCCGGUGGACGUGGAGAGGCAAUGUGGUGUGCCACUUCCUAACGGCGGAUUCUGUGCACGAAGCCUGACGUGCAAGUCGCACAGCAUGGGGCUCAAGCGGGCGGUGCCUGGGCGCAGUCUGCCCUACGACAUGCUCCUCGCACAGUACCAGAAGAAGAACCAAGCUAAGCAGCAGCGCGCAGCAAUCGACGCCAACGCCCCGCUCCCCGAAGACCUCGAGCCGUCGGGCGCCGUCGACUCAGACGAAGAGAAGGACGCCAUCAUGGCUGCUCUCGCGCGCCACAAGCCCCGGCCUAUCGCAACGCACAGCCACGUCUCCCAGCGCAACAAGUACCAGUACAUCCGUAUGAGUAACAUGCUCCGCGGGGCGCUUGGCAACCCACCAAGCAUGUCCGCAUUUGGUAACCCACCCAGCGCUACGGACGGCAGCGGCAUGGGCCUCAGGUUGGGCAUGAUGGGUGCGCCACCGAGUGCUUCGAGCGAGAACUUCCCCGGCAGCGCGGCCAUGGGCGGGUUCCCGAUGAGCGCGGGACUGGACGGUAGCAUGGGGAGAAGACAGAGCGGGAUGAUGGCGGGCGGCGGCAGUGGGCCGAGGCAGAUCCUGCCUGGUCAGCUCCCUGGGCCAGGGGCGCCGCGGAAAAGCAGCCUGAGCGUUGGUGGAUCUUAG